CUCUAAUUCGGUUAGUUCCUGCAUUCAGUAUGAUGCUGUCAAGUGCUCCUGCGACAGGGGCUGUAAUCGGUUCAAGGGCGAGGAGCAAUUGUGUCCGGACCGUUCGCCUUGUGGUCAGAGCGAGCGCGAAGAAGAUAAACGUUCAGCGGCAGCCCAGUGAUGAAGUGCUCAUGUCCAAGGGCGUCCGCAGCUGGCCCAAAUGGAGCUGCGGCGUGAGCAAGUUCCCCUGGACUUACCAGGAAUCGGAGACAUGCUACAUUCUUGAAGGGAAAGUGAUUGUCACCCCGACAGGCGGGGAGGCGGUGGAGAUCGGUGCCGGAGAGUUAGCGACCUUCCCGGCUGGCAUGUCGUGCACGUGGGAUGUGAAGGCCCCCAUUAGCAAGCACUACAACUUCCACUGAAACGGUUGCUGUUAGGGCGAAUAACGGUAAAACACAGAGCGCACUAUCUUAAUCAAUGAGUCAGCUUGGAAGUAAUAUCGCUGGUAUGUGGCUUUGCUGGAUGAAUGACCAUAUACGACACCUAGAGAUGUUGUGCAGCGGAACGGCAGCAAGGGAAUGCAGUGGCGCGAAGCAGGGUAGUCCUGGGUUGCGGAGCUUUACACCCGGACCCCGAGACAGGCAUCAGCGCUCUGCAACGGCGCUGGGCUGAUGUGUGACCCAUGGGUCUGUCGGCGGCUAUGAUGCCGUGUGCUUGAAUGGUGGAUGAGCUGCUCCUCGCGAUGACGGCUAAGCAAAUGCCUCAUGGGCUUCUGAGGCUUAACUCUUCGGUUAGCGUGUUUUCAUUGCUGGGGGCACGCAGGGGGUGCAGUCCUUUGGGUGUGGCUUGGUGCAGUACAGGUGCUGCAGUCCUUUGUGGCGGCUGGUGGGGGCAAUGAUAUCUUGCAAAUCGUAAGUGUAAUAUAAGAGUAAUAUGCUUGCAUAAUGGCAUGGUAAUAUGAGAGAGAGAAGCGCCAUGAGAGAGCUAAAUGUGUGAGUGAGAGUGUGUAUAGUCACGAGGCACAGUGGUCGGCACAAAGGCUGCAUGGUACCGUUAUCGAGCAGGAGACACGACUGCUUGCGUAUACCGGUACCGUACCCAAUGGAUAUAGCUGGAGGGCCUCUGUGGGCGUGCCCUUCCUGUUUCACUUUCGUUGCUUGCACCGCCGAGGUGUUGUUUCACGCCUUUCCCGGG